ACAGAACUCAUUCGUUUUAUUCAUUUUGAAGUGACCGCGACGCGGCAUGACCUCAAGGUAAACAAGAAAAGAUGUAUCUGUUAUCGUGAAGUGCAUUACGCGCGUGUCACUUGUAAUUUAAUCGGUCAACUCAUCUCGUCGACACUAGUGUUUUGUAACACGAGCUCGACAGGGCUACGUUUACUCGUCGGGAUACUCGAUAUUGGAUGCUGGAUAGAAACACCCGUACGACGACACACGCAACACGCACGCGUGCGCACACGUACGUACUCGCACACGGGCUGGCGUUCGCGGCUAGCCGGCAGGACAUUCGAUUUCAGUCGAAAGCGAAAACCCGCUUAGCCCGUUUAGUCGCGUUGUCGCGGCGCGCCGUUUUAUAGCGCGACAUUCUUAUGGGUGCUCCGCAUUUAUUUCCCGGCUUCAGCCCGUCAUACUUCGUCCAGUCGGAGCAUUCGAAGGUACCACGGUUACUGGUCAAAUGUCGUUCGAUUGCUGUGGUAGCGGCGAAGUCGCCGGCGAGACGUUCGCGGACGUCCUUGAGAACGUGUCUGGUAUACUGCGCGUAGUCUACGACAGUUUUCCUCGCGAUGUUGAUCAUUUAGUGUUUGGGUGCUAUUGGUUGUUCCUCGUCGUUGCUGUUCUCCUAUUAACCGUUGUAUUUACGGUAGGCCGCGUUCACGUCACGCCGCCUACGGCCACCAGACUCGAAGAGUAGCGCGAUCUUUCGGAGCACGCAGGAGGCUAUUUUUGUUUUGCCGCAUAAUCGCCGAUGGAAAUAAGUGGCGGUGUUUGAACGAUUUGAUUAAUACCCCGCAAUUGGUGUGUAUACGUUGCACGUUCACGUGAAUUGUUUUGGUCGUGCCAUAAUGUCUAAGCGCGAGACCUCACCGAAUCGAGCGAGCACCAGGGGAAACCGUAUGUCGGUGCUUGUCUAGCGAACUAACGAGACGAACAUCGACGUAUAUUUCUCCCUUCUCGUUUGCGCUCGUUUGGCUCAGUGGGAAUUCACCCUAAGGGUGCGUUUGGACUAAGCGAGCGAAUGCUUGUCUUCUUUCACCUUGACGAAAUUCAUAAACGAGCAUUUUCUUGCUCAGCGAUUGUUUGGCAGAUGGACGUAAAUGAAUGUUACUUUUCAUCGCAGACAACUUUUUAUCUAAUGUUAACACACGAUUGCUAUCAGUCCAUCAUUGAAUAGUUGCUGAGAAAUUGUUCUUUCUCCAUGUCAUACAUAUUGAAUUCUACGACUUUAAAUGCGUUUACGGUACAAUCACCUGUAUGAACAUUCAGCAGUUUGUGACCCGAUAAUUCGCUUCGUAUCAAACGAGCACGAACGAAUGCUCUUACUCCAAGUUUUUGCUCGUUUAGACUAAACGCACCCUAACGCGAUAUAAACAGUUUGAAAGCAAGAAUGGCGUCGGUCUGAUCGGUCGGGAAUUUCGCGUCACGGUGCGUGUCCGAAUAUUAUCGGGUUUGUCGGAAUCGCGGUUCGUCGUCUCCGGUUGAUCGAAGAUCGUACUUUAUUCGAUUACCGCGCAAAGUAUGCCACUGUACACCGGGUAACUAUGGUGUGCCGUCUGUUAACGUUGCUGACACGAACGUUGUCCGCCGAGAAAAGAAACAACGGCGGCGUCGCGUGGAAGAGGAAUGAAUGAACGGGAACAGGAGGAUCGAGGCGCGGCGGGAGGGGAUGCAACGACCGUCGUGUUGUGACGGCCUGCUGCCUGCUUGCCGAUUUGUAUCGAGGUGGUGUGCCCCUUCCUCGUCGGAGACGAGCUAUGCGGUUGACCGUUCGAAUGCAAACCGUUUGAGCGGUCGCGAAGAUCCUCUCACGAGGAAGAAUCCCGGGUAGAUGGUGAAAAAGGGUAUACGAAUAGGAUCCGAAGAAGAGCGAGGCAAAAUAGAGAAGGAACGUGCAACGUUGAAGGAUAUAAUGGCAGGAGAGGACACGCAGAUCCUGGCGAACGGAAACGUCGAAGCAUUAACGAUAAUCCCACCGAAAAUGGCGAAUGGGAAUGGCUUGAUCUGCGGUAAACAACACAACAACAACGGGUCGAUACCGAACGGGAAGUUGCACGAAAUCGCUGGGACGGAGAACGGAAAGUUGAUCAUGUCUGACGAGAAGUCGAGUAGCCUUCACACGGAGUUCGAUGACGCGGAUGUGUCCUGCGGAUGGGGACCGUGUCGACCCCACUGGCUCCAGUAUUUCGCCACGAAGCAGGCGUUCUUGGUCACCUUCUGCAUCACCUGGGUCCUUCAGGGCAUGUACUUCACGUACUUCGUGUCGGUGAUCACGACGAUCGAGAAGCUGUUCCAGAUUCAGUCGAAAACCACCGGUAUCAUAAUGUCGGCGACGGAGAUCGGUCAGAUCGGUUCCUCUCUCCUGCUUACGUACUACGGAGGCCAAGGUCACCGGCCUAAGUGGAUCGCUUGGGGCAUGAUCCUGUUCGCGGUGAGCUCGUUCACCUGCUCGAUGCCCCAUUUCAUCUUCGGCGAACAGCUGAUCCAUCAGAACGAGAUGUUUUUAAGCGGUGUCGGGCCGAGCGACAAGGCUGGCGAUCCGAACAACACCGACCCGAUACCUGCGUAUCUUUGCAGGCUGCAGGAUCGAUUGGAGAACAGCACGCUCGACAGCUUGAACUCGUCCACCGCCCCGUCACACGUGAACACCACGAACGAUUGCGAGGGUGACACUCUCACGAAACAGAGGAUACAAAGCAAAAUAACCACGGUGGUUCUGGCUAUAUUCUUCGUUUCCUUGCUGGGGGUCGGAAUGGGGCAAACGGCGGUCUACACCCUUGGGAUUCCUUACAUCGAUGACAAUGUGGCCAGCAGAGAAAGCCCUCUGUAUUUUGCGAUCACCAUCGGUGUCAGGAUACUGGGGCCAGCGUUAGGGUUCAUUCUGGGGUCAGUGUGUACCAUGAUUUACGCGGAUCUGUCGGUAAAUCCGCAGAUCACGCCGACGGAUCUGAGAUGGGUCGGAGCCUGGUGGCUUGGUUUGGUGCUAAUAUCUGCGAUGCUGAUGUUGGUGAGCAUAGGAAUGUUCGCGUUCCCGACUCGGCUGCCUGCUAGCAGAACGCCACCGAAACGAGCGGACGCGAAAAAGCCUAGUCUCCGAGACUUCCCUAAAGCGGUGAAGAGGCUGUUGAAGAACGACAUUCUUAUGUUCCGGACGGCCAGCAGCGUGCUGCACAUCCUACCGAUCGCCGGCCUCUACACUUUCCUGCCAAAGUACCUUGAGAGCCAAUUUCGCUUGCCAGCUCAUCAUGCGAACAUGAUCUCAGGUGUCGGAGGUAUUUUAGUAAUGGGACUGGGUAUUAUAAUUAGCGGAGUGUUUAUCUUGAGGGCGAAGCCUAACGCCAGGUUCGUCGCAGCCUGGAUCGCCUUCACAGCGGUUGUUUACGCGAUCGGCAUGGGUGUGCUCAUGUUCAUCGGUUGUCCUAUGGACGAUUUUGCUGGUCUCGUUUCGCAUUCCGAUGGACUAUCCAGCUUCGAACCGACCUGCGAUGCCAGUUGCGAUUGCGUCCGCAAUAAGUUCAGUCCAAUCUGCGGUGCCGAUGGUAAAACUUACUUUUCUGCGUGUCACGCAGGCUGCUCGAAUUAUACCAUCGUUGAUGGCAAGGUUGCAUCGUUUUACAACUGCCAGUGUAUCGGGCCGAACGUAACGACACCGGAAACGCUGAGCACCGCGACGAUCGGUUACUGCGCGCUCGAGUGCAGUAACUUUUGGGUUUAUAUGGUCCUGUUCUCCGUGUUCGUUUUCAUCCAUUCUACGAGCGAGGUGGGCUCCAUGCUGCUGAUUCUACGGUGCGUGGAUCCACGGGACAAGGCUAUGGCUUUGGGUCUCAUACAGUUCGCCAUCGGCCUGUUUGGUAAUGUCCCGUGUCCUAUCGUUUAUGGUGCUGUGGUGGACUCAGCCUGUCUCGUAUGGGAAUACGCUUGCGGCGAGCGAGGUGCUUGCUGGCUUUACGACUCCAAUGUCUUUAGAAUGUUCUAUCACGGCACAACGGGUGGAAUCCUGGUGCUGGCGUUCGUGGUGGACAUAGUAGUGUGGUAUAAAGCGGGCAGCAUCAACUUCGUGGAGGAGCAGGAGGCGGAAGAGGGCACCGUGGAGGAGAUGGCCACGCUGAAGUCCCAGGACGCGCAGGCAGUGGACAACGACUAUUUGUGAAAGGAAGUCUCGGUCGACUUCGAUGGGUAUCGCAUGAACCAGGCCUGAAUGUUAGCGUCGGUGAUCCGGGACGAAGCGUGACGUUCCUAACUGUUCCGAACUCGUUGCCAGUCGCAAGGCAGAAGAUCGGCGUGUUACGUUUCGAGCCGUUUUAGAACCCGGUUAAAUCACUAGACGAAGAUACAGUAGGCAUCGAGGACCGUCGACAUCCCAGAACGAACGGCACAGGUGUCGCCUUUCAGAACUCGACAGAGUCCAGGACGAUAAACGAAGCAGUGCUGGGUCACGGAAAUGCCCGUAGUUUCCGAAGAGACUAGGGUUUGGAACGCGUGCAUCGGAAGGGGAUGAACGAUGUUCUUCGAGCUUUCACUCAGGAAGAUUUCCAAGAGAUGAUCAACGACGUUCUGUACGAGUUCAGACUGAUCGGACAGAGUAAACACAUGAUUUUCGAAGAUCAGUAUACUAAAAAUGGCAAGAAUUUUUACGAGUCGUUCCAUUCCAUCGAUCAUCGCGAAUUUGUCUUUGCUCGAAGAGUGUAAGAAGCUAUCGCUCGAAAUUAGCGUCUGUUUCGAAGAGGUUAAGCAAAUUUCCGAAAUUUUGCUAGAACAUUAAGCGAGCGAGAUUUGCUUUCUCUUACACGAUCUGGGGAAGGAAUUUCGGGAAGGAUGCACCGUUCCCUCGGCGUUCGAGGUUCUCGGAUCUCGGGUGAGCUUCUCUUAGGCACUACCGUCCGUGUUUCACUCUGCAAAUACACCUAGACGUAGGCAAACAGUACGUACAAGCGAGGUAUGCAUGUGUAUAUCGAUAACAUCUCGUUGUUUGAAUGGGGAAACGUAAACGAAGCGAGAAUCAGAGAACGAAUGAGAAAUUACGAAGAUACAUAGGACAUAUUUUUAGACGAUUUGACGAUGAAACCGGGGAGUGAGAGAACAAGAGGUGUAACGUUAAUUAUUAAAUAUUAAACCAUUACGAUACAGUUAGGACAACGGAAAGACGAAGGAUUAAAAACGAUGAAACGCGAGUUAGAAGAGUUGUAUUUUAAUACGAUACACUUUACACGCUCGAGAGACACUCUACCGUCUUGUGCUUUUAGUGCUUUCUGCGUUCAUCGUUUUCGAAUAGCUGAUGACUCGUUAACUCUUUGGAGAUAAAGCUGUAUUCUGAUUUCGUGAAUGUUGCUCAAAGAUAUUCUGAAAGAAAACAUUUCCUUCCGAAUAAAAUUUUCAUUCUACUCAUCUGCAAAGGGUUAAAUAGCGUCUGGAUGUAGAGCGAUAGGUUUGAAGAGGAAACGCGUAUUAUUAGUCGCUGUAAAGUUAAAAUUAUUCGAUUCAGGGGCAUUGCUAAUGUGUAAUCGAACGGUGACGAGCUACUAAGCAACGGGUACGUUUAGAACCUUCAUGCUAAGCCAAAGAAGCAAAAUUACAAAAGUAAGAUCAAAGAUCUAGCAACGUAUCUAGGUUCAGGCUGUAUUCUUUUGAUUGAAAUUCGGUAUUCUUUCUCACGUUGCUCAACUCUCGUCACCGUACAUUUGGGUAUAUUUCAAAAAGUAUUUGGCUGAGUCAAAAUUGCUCCCCGCCAAUUUGAAGAGGAAUCUCUAUAUUCGAGUGUCUGAGCAUAUCGUUCAGUGCAGCAGCCGCAGAAAUAUGUAGCGCGAAAAGUUCUAAGGUGACUGUCAAUUGGAAGAAUCUUCCCGUAUCUGCAAUAAGUGCAAAAGUACUUCGAAAGCUUGAGGUUAAAUGGGAAACGUUACAUUUCUGCGGCUGUUGCACAUCGUUCGAGAGAAAGAUUAUGUUUCAACUCUAUGUUCGAAACACAGCUGUCCGGUUUUAUCGAUCUCGUCGAAGACAAUUUAAAGCGAGGAAACGGGAAAUAUAUUUUUGGAGAGUUUUAUGUUUGAACAUGGUUAUAUAUUUCUCCGUCGAUCCCAGAAACCGGAGAGCUGGUCCUAAAAAUCGAGCGCGAUUUCCGAUGCGAGAGAUCGAAAAAACGACGACGCAUUUUAUAUUUACUUGAAAGUUACCAUUAAUGCGGUGAUUUUAAAAGAGAUCCUCGAAUGACCCGAUUUAAUCCAUCCGUCUUUUAUUUCCAUUCACGUUCUUUCGAGAUUUUUUUUCUAAAUUGAAAUCCAUACAUCUCGAACACAUCACUCGAAUAUCUUCUGGACUUGAAUCUUGACCCUUUCAUGAUUUUAAAUCGUGCGAUUUUGAAAAUGAAAGGGCAUCGAAAGGGUUGAGCAGUUUGCGUAAAUCAUUGGUGCAGAGAAUCGCAUAGUGAAGCGAAUGCGGCCUUCCGUGCUCCCGUUGAUCUCCACCGAGAAUUGUAUUUUUGUAUUCGAAGCGUAAUCUAUAUUUUAAAUCGAUCACACAGGUCGUGUAGCACAGCACGUUGGAGCCGAUUCACCCUCUGACACUAUCGAUCUCUCCAGUUUCCCCCAUGUUGGCUUAUUCGAGGGUAGUUAUUCUCGAGAUCAAAUUAUGUCCGAUGAAAUCAGUUUCGAGAUAGUGGAAAGUUUUUUAAUUUAUUGCGAGGGUUGCCCCUAUUUUGACCACGAGCAAACAUGUUCGAAUCCUGUUUUAUUUCGAAGGUGUAGACGGUAACGUUUGCCUUUCCGCUCGAUAUUCUGUAUAUUACGUGUACGAUAGAGCUGUAAAUAUAGGAGAGUACAAUAAUUGCCAAAAUAAUCAUGGCGUGGAGCGAACAGAGUCUCAAUGUCUAUUCCGAGUGUUGCGCCGGUCAAUGUUUCGGACGAACGAUCCUCGACGAUUUUUAACUAUUUUCUGUCAGUUAAAAAAUUUAUGAAAUCUGUGUUCGAACGAAUUAUGUUUACGUCUCGAGUCGUUUUCCGAAACGAAUUGAUCGCAUUAGGUGAGAAUUAUCGCGACUCGAUAUUUAAGAACACUGCCCUCUCACUCUUACUGCCAAACGACAACCGAAUAACUGCCAGACUUUACCAUUUCUUUUGACCAUCGCUUUUGCACUGUACGCUCAAAAUUGAAGACUCGCUUGCAUUUAAAACGAAGAACGGAUCGAUUAUCCGACAAUCCGGGUUUUUUAUACUAAACGCAUACAUUCGUUCAGCAUUUAAUCGUCGCGUUGAUUCUCAUGAUCGAACGAGUCGCGAUCACUGGCGGAACACAGAAUACCAUAACAAUUAUAUUUUAGUAAAGAAAAGAAUUUAUCGGUAACGUACUAGUAGGAUAAUCAACCGCGUCAGCGGCCACCGCGGUUUUACCUAAUUAUAACGGCGUAGUCCUUUAAGAGAACCAUAAUUGCUAGUCUUUAAUCAACGACGUGCGCGCGUGUACAUGCACGUCACAGCGGAAUAUACAUAUUAUAUAUAUUGGAUGUUUUAUGAACUUUGCUGUUGAAACAACUUUAACGUUUUCCCGAAAACAAUUUCUCGAUUGGAAGUUUCUUCUUUUUAAGGUUUUAAAUUUGCGGUGCUGGUCACCCUCCUAUCUGCACACCAAGAAGAAAUAUUUAUUUCUACAAACCUAAAAUGCAUGAACAGUAUCAAAAUGUUAAAGUUGUUUCAUCGUUACAACUACACACCUGCAUGCGUGUGUGUAUCAGGUGUAAGAAACGAGUCGAUGUAAACGAACUGGGUCAGGGGGGGAAGCGAAGGAAUAAGAAGGAUAUAAUGCCAUUUUUAUGUAUACAUAUAUCGUACUAAUGAUUAUUAUAAAUUUCUGUUUCAUUAAUAUUAUUCGUACUACGACUAUUAUGGUUUAUUCUCGUUUUAUCGACUAUUGCUAUUACUUGAUAUAUAACGUUGUAAUAUGCGCUUUGAUUUUUAUACAUAAUAUAUAUAUAUACUAUAUUAGAUAUACAGAGGGGGAGAGAGAGAGAAAACGAUUACUUUGUAGCAAUCGUAAGUGUAUUUUGGUAUAACGCACUGUAUGCGUCUGUGUAUGCGUGUAAAUGUCACGAAUUUUAAUAAUCGUGGAAAACGAAUUUUAUAUUUCAAUAUCGUUGAGUUGUAUGUAUGUUUUAUUUCUCUCUGUGCUUACUUUCUUUAGCUAGAUAUCGUGCUAACUGUUACUUUUACACAGACUUGCGCUCGUGUCGCUGUUCGUGAAACUUUCAGGUUGCUAAUUAUUAGAUACAAAACCGUAGACACGCAAUGAUAUUAAUUAUCGACUGUAUCAAGUGUCAGAUCUUAGUUUACAUUCAUUUUUAAAGAAAUUUUCAACGAAUUCUUAAGGUAGAGAGUUUUAAACUUGUCAGGUGAGGGGCAGCUUGUUCGCUGGCGGCCAUCUUGUGUACCGGCGGCCAUCUUGUUCGCUGACGGCCAUCUUGUUCACUCAGAUCAGUCUGUCGAAACCUUGCACCUAUCAAAAUGUUCUUUUAAAACUUUGUUCUUGAAAGAAAUUAUCUUUGUAACUGAAAGAAAUUUGAUGAACAGUGACAAGAGCGUAGGUGGCGAACGUAAUUCCUCCUGGAAGAUGUAACAUACGAAAUCAAGACUGUAAAUAGGAAAUAGCAGGCGUUCGAUGGACCUCCACCUUAAGGUUCCCACCACUAUUCCCGACGUUUAAGUGCCUAUACAAAACCGGAAUCGCGUCUAUUCUCCUCCUUGAACCUUCGUUGUUCUAGUUUCUAGAAGUGGGUAAGAUACUAUUUUGACGGCAGACGCGAAAUAGAACGUUUCCAUGCUACUGCAAUACACACACACAUACACUCUUCGUUGUAGAACACCUUGAAAAACGAAUCGAAAAAACCUGGUGACGAACGAACAAAAAAAAAAAUGAGAAAAAUAAUAAAA